CAGGAGGUCCAGUGUACUCCACGUGGAGAAGAGGAAAACGAGUUUUUGGCCGACUCGUAUGAAAAUUCUGAAAAUCUUCAAAAUGACAUGGGAAUUCUGGAAAUGAUGACGUCACCGGCUUCUUU